AUGGCUACAACAUUGAAUCACCUAGUGACCACCGAUUGUCGCGUUGAUCAACUAGGUACGACUGAUACUUCAGCCCAAUCUGCAACUAGUUCGAAAAAGGCCUCUACUGAUGAAUCCAUUCUUGAUCUCAGUCAACGACCGAUGAUGUCAACGGAUAUUAAUGAUAAGUGGCGAGACAAUUCAUCUUGUCCGUAUACCGAUUCGAUCGAUGCCGAGUUUCAAAGAAUAUCUUUAGCGAAUCCCGAUGCUGGUCUUGAUGUGAAUCAAUCUUUAACAAAUCAAUUGAAACACAAUUCAAUAGCAGAACAUUCAGUGUCAGAUAGUUCGAUUCAGUCACAAGUGAAUCUUUAUUCUUCGAAGAAAAAAAUCAAUUUUCCUUCGUCGCGGACGGUUAUUUUCCAUGAGCUUUCUCCUUGUGCAACAAUUAACUCUUCGUUAUCCUCAUCAAACUUUCUCUGGUCAAAGUAUCUCUCGUUCAUUGAUGAGCGAUCCGUUUCCGAAGAAUUCUUUGAUCAUUAUCACGCAUCAUUUCAAUCCGGUCUACAAGUCGAUAUGAAACUUGAAUAUUGCUAUGAUAUUCAACGAGACUUAUACUGGCUGACGCAAAUCCAGUUUGUCUCAUGCCAUCUGAUUCGUUUGCACUAUGUUGGAAUUCCCGAAGAGGAUACAUCAAACGACUUUUGGGCAUACGUCUACGAACAACGGUGUCAUCCGAUUGGCUGGUGUAAAGAAAAUAGUAAAUUGAUGUUACCACCAACAGCAGUCACGAAACGAGCAAUUCAACAGACAACAGUGAACAAUAAUCUAUUAUCAAAUGGACAUGAGAAGCAAUUAACUGGUGUUAAAGUGGAAAAUGACAAUAGUCAUGAAACACCGCCUGCUUAUCUAUUUGACAGAAGUGUGGGUUUGACUCCUGUUGAACAGUUGAAAGUUGGAAUGCUACUGGAAUUACAAGACGCUCAACGCCCAUGGACAUUAUGGUUUGUCCGAAUUCUAAAUAACCGUGGUGGUCGAUUACAUCUUCGAUAUGUGACGAAAAUGCCUGUUAACAACAACGACGAAGCGAACGAGAAUUCUAGUCUACCCGAUUGUGAUAUUUUUCUAUUUUACCUUGAUUAUCGCGUUCAUCCGAUUGGUUGGACAACAAGUACGGAUUCAAUUUAUUCCUAUGAUAUUCCUUCAUGUUUGACCGAUACGAUUGAUAAACAAGUCAUCAUUGAUGCAUGUUUACUCGAGUCGAAAACACAAUUUCUACCUCCGAAUCUAUUUAAAGAACAACAAAACAUAAGUAAACACCGAUUUACUGAAGGAAUGAAAUUGGAGAUUUUCGAUAUGAAAAGUCAAAAUAUCUUUCUUGGUCGAAUAGGUCAUAUUCAUAAUGAAUAUUAUUUUGAUAUUAUUAUCGAUAAUGAAGGUGAAAAUGAAGUGUCGAUGGUCUCAUAUUCGACCGAUCCGCGUCUUCUACCGGCACAUUGGGCUGCUGAACAUAAACUUGCGCUGAUGAAUGGUAAAUCAAUUCGUCAAUCAGAAGAUUACUGGAAUCUCUAUACGGAAAAACAUGGGCUGAGUGACUUGGCACCUGAACGCUGUUUCAAUCUGAUUACAUUGAAUUUCGCGGGAAAUAGUCGUGCCGAACCAGGAAUGAAAAUGGAAAUGAUCUACACAUUAAAUCAGAAAGAUUGUGUUUUUUCUGUGACAAUUGUUCAUAUCAUCGAUCAUCUAAUGUGGCUCAGAGUUGAUAAUGCCCAAUUCUUACAAGAUGAACACCUGUAUUACCAUGUUGUGCCGAUCAAUUCUUUGGAUGUCUUUCCAGUUGGUUGGGCAAAACUGAAUAGAUUCGAAUUGAUCGCACCAAUUCGAUAUCAAAUGGAUGUGAAAACGUAUGAACAAAAUCGAUAUCAUUUGUUUUCAACAGUAACCCGUUAUCCUCAAAUUCCCCGUGUCUAUUUAACCGAUGUGUAUUUGUUAACAAUUUAUGUGAAUAUUCGUUGUUUCUGUGGUCCACAUUUCUGUUCAUCUCGUCUCGCUCGUAUCCCAUCUCAAUUUGGUCCCGGGCCCUAUCGUGAUGUUCUCAUUGAUAUGUUUCACCAUCUCCUUUCUGUCCUAUCAACAAAUGCUCAACGUGUGUUACGUCGCUUAGAUCAUCAACUAAAUGCCGAAACGAAAUAUCAUCUUCGUACUGAACAGAUUAAAUCUGCAAAAAGAUUUUCCAAAUUGAUUCGUCCCAUUUCGCUCCCGACUGAUCCUCUAUCAGCUCAUCAUUUUCUUCGUCAUAUAUGUACACAACUGGAAGUAUGUCCUGGUCUUCUAAGUUGUCAACGGAUAGAAAAUCACUGUCCGGAUCAUUGUCAUAUAUUAUCCAAUACUUUCGCUUUUUCAAUAAUUUCGAAAAAUAAACGAGGUCAACUCCGAGCAGCACAGAAUCGUUUUCGUAGACAAAAAUCUUUAUUGUGCCAUUUGAAAACUACCACAAGUUCAUCGAACGUGUCUAGUCCCGUUGUAGAAGAAGCUCCGCCAAUCAAUGCAUCAACGACAAUGCCUACUCAAACAAGUGAUACUUUACCAUUGCCAGGCAGUGAUCGACAAACACGCGGUUUUCGUGUUUAUAUAGAACCGAAAACUCAUACGAUAACACGAACGAAUAAGAAGCAAAAAGUAAUUGAGAAGUCAGAAUCAUCAACAGUGAGUGACAUCAAACAAGAACCUGUCGACAUCAAUCACGGAGUAUCGGAAACUUCGUCGUCGUCAACAUCAUCGGCAACAAAUCCUGCGCCCAUCAACGAGUCGAAACGUUCACGAAUUCCAAAGAAAAAACGUUCUUUGUCUCCACCGGUUGUUUCUUCUUCCGUCAGAUCAUCGGAGGUUCUCUUUUCCCCAAAUAAAAUCAAGAGAAAUCGACGUUCAACUCCCCAAUCUCAAACUCCGAAUAUUCCCAUACCUAAAACUGAACCUUUACCAGUGGUAUCUCCGCUUCGGACGACAACUUAUUCCAUCCCACCACCGAUUGAUCCACGGAAUCCUUUGACUUGGAACGUUGAUGACGUCUGUUGGUAUUUGAAUGAGUGUGGGUGUUCAUUUGCAUUGAAAACUAUCAAAGAACAGGAAAUUGAUGGUGCUGCGUUACUUCUUCUCAAUGAUUUGGAUACAGUUCAAGAUUCAUUAGACUUUAAACUUGGUCCAGCUGUGAAAUUUUAUCACGUCGUUGAACAACUUCGUUCUCAAGUGCUUAAUACAUUUCAUUCGUCUCCAUCUUUGAAAACCUCUUCUUCUUUGUCUCGUUUCUCAACACAUUAG